AUGAUUCGAAUGGGUUUAUACAGCGCCACUCGUUCUCUUGCGCUGGUCGCCGUCAGUGUGAUACUGGCUCCUUGGUCGAUUGCAUUGGCGUUGCUGGUCAUUUUCUUCCGACCAUGGGCAUCGAUGCUGGGAUCAUCAAGAUAUCCAAAGCCGAAAUGCCUCAGUCCAGUCAGGAGCCGAACAGUUCUCGUCACUGGGGUUGGCAUGGCCAAAGGCUUGACAAUUGCGCGCGCCUUUUAUCUCCAGGGUCAUCGGGUUGUGGGUGCUGAUUUCGAGAACCAAGCCAUUCCUUGCUCCGGGCGGUACUCAAAGGGCCUCUCGAAAUUCAGAUCAAUGAAAUCACCGUCUUCUUCCGUACAGUCCUCGCGAAGCUACGUUCAGCAGAUGCUGCGGAUAGUCAGGGAAGAAGAUGUCGAUCUCUGGGUAUCUUGCUCCGGCGUCGCUAGUGCCCUCGAGGAUGCCAAGGCCAAGGAGCUCAUUGAGCGGGAAACAAGAUGCAAGUGUAUCCAAUUCGGGGUCCAAGAAACGGAAACAUUGCAUGAAAAGGACUUGUUCAUGCGCGAGGCACAUAGACUCGGUCUGCCCGUUCCAGAAACACACAACUUGACAUGCCCAGACGAUGCUCUAAACAUAUUAUUGAAAUUCCAUGGCAUGUCUCCAGCCCGCAAGUUUAUACUCAAAACCGUUGGAGUGGACGAUGCCAAUCGCGGGAACAUGACGCUCCUCCCACUCGACACCAAAGAGGCAACAAAGAGGUACAUAUCCCGCCUCUCCAUCAGCCCGCAACGUCCCUGGAUCCUUCAAGAAUUCAUCACAGGAGGCGAAGAGUAUUGUACUCACGCCUUGAUUGUCCGGGGAGAGGUCAAGUGCUUCGUAGCCUGCCCAAGCGCCGAGCUCCUCAUGCACUACCGGGCCCUGGAACCCCAAUCGGCGCUGUCGCGGGCCAUGCUGGCCUUUACGCGCGAGUACAUUUUUCGCUCGCCCAACUCGGAGCAGUUCACGGGCCACCUGAGCUUUGACUUCAUGGUCCGGGACAGCGCCGUGGAUGAGCACACAAUUGAGCGGUCCCUCUACGCCAUUGAGUGCAAUCCGCGCGCCCACACGGCCGUGACGCUCUUUGCCCAGCAGCAACACGGCAGCGGCGGUGACGGCGCUGCCACAACGUCAGCCAUGGUCAAGGCGUACCUGUCGGCCCUCGAGGAGACGCCCGAGAGCUAUGCUCAUGUACUGAAGCAGAAUGGACUGCGGGAGGAAAUGAUUGUGUUCCCUCCCAAGAGCACACUGCCAAGAUUCUGGAUCGCUCAUGAUCUUUUCACUCUUGUUCUCCAGCCCAUAUUGAACUUUGUUGCCGGCCAAAAGUCUGUUCAUCAGCUUUUCUGUUGUUUAACGGAGUUCCUGAUUCAUGUUUUGACUUGGAAGGAGGGCACUUUCGAGGUAUGGGAUCCGUGGCCAGCUGUAGUGUUGUACCAUGUUUACUGGCCCCUCACCAUACUAUCGGCAUGGUGGAGAGGAGAUGAUUGGAGUAGGGUCAAUGUUAGUACGACAAAGAUGUUUGCCUGCUGA